AAUUGGUCUGCCAUAAUUGAAUGACGAGGCUACACCGACAUGAAUCGCACAACGAUCUUCACAUCCUACGGGGCAGAUUGAUACUGGCCUCGUUAGGAGCAGAAUCAUCACACCAUCUUCCAUCUACACUCAUCAACAAGAACCACUCAUGGGCUCAGAAUAUUCCGGAGCCUCUGGAGCCUGCCUACAGGCGGACCGCUUUUUAGUUGAUACCGCGAGCGUGUGCACUCCGAGUCGGCGCCACGAAUCGAAUAUAAAAGGGGAUCAUAUGAACCGACUUGCUAGAUCAAUUGGGCAACUGAAAAGAGAUAAAUACAAAAAAAAAAGUAUCAAGUGGUUUAAUUUUCUCACGGGCAAUAUUGGCCUAGCAUGGACUCGCUACGAGAAGCUGAACUAGGCGAAAUGCCUGCUCCUCCUACUACAGAAGAUCAAACAGCGACACAAAAUCUUCCUGCCGCCCGAACCGACGAUGUUGCUGGUGGGGUCACACCAGGAGUAACUCAUCCCAUGGACCGGUUCCUGGUCGAGCUCAGAUCCUCGCUACUGGGGCUGAAGCGCUUGAUAAACUUCUCUGGGCCAAAGCUACAUGAUGGUCCUUUUCUGGAACCAGAUGUGAACGAUCUGCGUGGGCUGCCAUCGAUCGCUCGUAAGCACACCCGCUAUCACAACACGGCAAUGUACCCGAAGUACGACGAGAUCACCCACAGAAUCCUGCUCGACCACCAGAUGAAGAUAGGGGCCUUGCGACAGAUGCUGCAGGAAGAUGAUAGCAAAUAUCAGAAGUCAGACACAUCUGGAAUGGAUUUCACCUUCGAUAAAGAGUGGCUAGUUCCGCCAUGUCCAUUAUCUAAUGUGACACAGGACCAGACAGAGUGCACUCGCACCUACGAGGAGUGUGACAUGGUCAACUGCUUGGCACAUGAUCGCAGAGAUCGCAUAUUAAAGGUUUUGUCUUCCAGGAUUAAAGACUUCUGUAUGAAUCAGUGUUCCCAUAUUCACCCGAGGUUGAAAGUACUGACCUGGCGCCGCGCAGAUGACUUGAUUGAUGUCUACGUCCGAAUGAAUGGAAGGGUCAAGGUCGAUCAUCUCAACUACGAGAACCAUAGGAAACUGAUCGAAUCCGAGUUUCCACCAGACAGUCAAGCAUGGCAAGCGCUUUUCGCAGAGGACGAUGAGUUCAUCGCUACACGAACUUCCCAUGGUCCCUUCGAGCGUUUGGUCCUUAGCGAGCGGCUUCCGUUCUUGAAGGCAAGUCGAACCCCAUUCAUGCUUGCGCAUGCUUCUUUUCGGACCCUGAUGCCCCGCUGCCAUUAUACGUUAUUCGUGAAACUUUUCCCAUGGAAAGGCGAAGCUGUCGAAGGCUCUGACGCUUUGUACAUCGAUACAGAUGAUCUGAUUGCUUUCAAGAGAUUGCUCGUCGGCUUCUCAUGGUGUAUCAUGCUACUCGUGCCAGUGGUCAUCUUGUUCCUUGUCACGUCUUCGUCGGCAGCUUCCCUUGCCGUCGUGGUCAUCUUUCCCUCAUUCCUGGUAAUGAUGAUGUGUCGAAGCGGGGUCGAUUUGGAUGGUGUUAUGCUGAGUUCCUGCGCUUAUAUCGCAGUGCUCGUUGUCUUUCUGGCCAACUUGCAUUAG